GGUGUUGUUCUAAUCUUCCUGCAACCAAGUCCACCGCCCAUUGCACGUUAGAACGUUAUAUACCUCAAUGGUUAGAACCUACCUCUAUGGUUAGAAAUCAUGUUUGCUUUUGUCCAUUUGUGAGAAGCUCUUCAACUGUUGAAAGAGAUUAAAAUGGCAGAUGAAGACAAGCUUCGGCCGUUAAUGUUCCUAAUGACCUAUUUGCUGAUGAAGCGCCGAAGAGACAUAAACAACGCGGAUACACAGAGACGCAAUGAGGUGCAGAGACUUAUCCGCCACAGACAGUACUUCUUCCAAAGGCAGAGGCGAAUGCUCAUGAUGCUGACAGCUCGAGACGUGCGCUGCAGCUGUGACAUCCGUACCCGACCCUGGACCAGCACGGAGUGCACCGAUUGGUGGGAGCGGGUAGUGAUGACAGAGUUCCAGCCCUCUGAUUGGCUGGAGAAGUUCCGCAUGAGCCGGGAGACCUUCUUCUUCCUGUGUGGCAAGCUGAAACCCCGCCUGGCUCGCCAGGACACCCACUUCCGCCGGGCGCUUCCGCUGGAGAAGCGUGUGGCGGUCGCCCUGUGGCGGCUGGCGUCCAACAUUGAGUACCGCACCAUCAGUGGGCUGUUUGGCGUGGGCAGCUCCACGGUGUGUAAGUGUGUGAGGGACGUGUGUCACGCCAUCGUCACGCUACUCCGACCCGUCUACCUACGCUCGCCCAGCGAACAGGAAGUGGAAGACUCUGCGCGUCACUUCCUGUCUCGCUGGGGCUUCCCUCACUGCGUGGGCGCCGUGGCAACCCUCCACACCGCCAUCCUCACGCCAUCCGCUAACGUGACCAACUAUGCCAACCCAGAUGGGUGGCUCUCUGUGGUCUCCCAGGUGGCUGUGAAUGGCCUGGGUCAGUUCUGGGACGUCUGCGCUGGUUUCCCCGGCAGCACUGAGCCGACGGCCAUCUUGCAGAACUCAGCACUUUGGGCGUUGGCCUCCGAGGGCGGGCUGUCACCUGACCCACCCCCGAGCUUCAUGGGAAAGCCCCUGAGAUAUGUGUUGUUGGGGGAGCCAGGGUACCCCCUCCAGCCCUGGCUGAUGAAGGCCUAUUCCAUGAAGGAGGAGGAUGAUGUGGAGGAGGAGGAAGGAGGGCUCACGGAGUCCCAGAGGGUCUUCAACCAGCGAUUUGUGCGGGCGUGGUGCGUGGCGGAGGUGGCGCUGCUUCGCCUGCGGGCGCGGUGGCAAUGCCUGAGCAAGAGGAACGACUGCAGCCUGGACGUGGUGCCCACCAUGAUCCUGGCCUGCUGCAUCCUGCACAACGUGUGUGAGGCCCAUGGAGACGUGCUCCAGGGGGAAUGGCAGGGCGAGGUGACCCAGGGAGAGAACCCCCAGCCUGGUCACACUGCGGCCCGCGCCCCCUCCCCCCCUGGAACUUCAGACCACCUCCAGGGUGAGGAGGUCAGACAAUUGUACUGUGACUUCUUCCAGCAGCCGCAACUACAACAACAGGACUAACGGAAUGGACGGUGUUGUGAUGUGGAAGGAGGGAACAUUUUGUUUUGGGGGAUUCACAAGAUUCUCACAACAGUAUACAUAGCCUUGGCCAGCAUUCCAGUUACUGUUCCUACAAUCUCUAUCAGCCUGUAUUCAUAAAGCGUCUCAAAAUAGAAGUCCUGAUCUAGGAUCAGCUUGGCCUUUUAGAUCAUAGUGAACAAGAAUAUAUGGACGGGGGGGGCCUGAUCCUAGGUCAGCACUCCUAUUCUGAGACACUUUCUGUAUACGAGCCCUGAUCUCUCUCUCUUUUCAGUGUAACUCCUCUCUGUUCUGUUACUGUUUUUUUGGUUUUGUUCUCUCGUAGGUUGUUUUUCUAUCUAAAUAGUUUUGUAGCACAGUGUUUAUGUGCAUUCUGUACAUAUGGUGUAUAUAGUCAUGCUUUUUAUUGAUGCACAAUACAAGUUAAAUUUUUUAUCAAAAUGUAUUCUGUUCUGUCUGUCACUACAUUUGUUUCUACGGCUGGUUACAUUGACAUUGUUGUAUGCCCUGAUUAAAAAAUACAACCUUUUUCUA